AUGACGCAACAAAGGAUAAAUGUUAUAAUAUCAGGUUCUAAGAUUGCAAAUGAUAUAUCUCUCAAUGGAAAUACAUUUAUCAUAUUAAACAAUAAGGUUUAUUUUGGACCAGCUUGUAAAAGAAACAACCCAGUAGCAGGAAUGGUUGGUGAUUACCAAUGUAAUGCAGAUGACUUUAAAAACCAAAGAUGGGAUCUCUGCUCAAUCGCACACGGUAUGACUUUCAAUAAAAAUAUAAGAAGAGAUGGUAAACAUGUUACCGUUACUUAUGACUCUGUUCAAUGUGGGGCAAUGAAAAUAAAAGGUUACCCAACAUCUCCUCUUAGACAUGGUAAAAAUCUUUGGACAGCAGAUGCUACCGGAGUUUGGGAAGUUGUUCAAAAUGGUAAAUUUACAGCCAUAGCAUGGCAAUGUAAGAACGAUAAAAUGUUUUACUCUUUAACGAAAGAGGAUCUUCAAAAAUCUUCAAGAGUUAAAGAUAAAGGCACUGGUAAAUACAUAACUGAACCAAUCAAUACCAAGAGUAAUACAUUUAUACAACCAUAA